AUGCCUCAAAUUUGUUGCGUUUGCAUGAAGGGUAAUAAUGAGUGUAAAAAAUUAGUGGAAAUUGAUGUAAAUGGUAUAAGUUUUAUGUGUAAAUUGGAAAAAUAUGUUGGACAAGUUAAAUGGUUGGAGGAGUUCGAUAUAUGUUUGAAAUGCAUAGAAUUAUUAAACAUUGUGGAAGGUUUUAUAGAAACAUGCUUUGAAAGUGAGUUGAAUCGUAACACGUCUACACCCCAGUGUUCAAGAAAAAUCAAAUCUGACACUAUAAAAACCUUACAGGAUUGUUUUAAAGACAUUCUUUCCGAUAACGAUGAAGAAGACGAAACAUAUCAACCCACAAAAAUGGAUUAUAACAACUCUGAUAGUGAAAUUGAGGAUGACCCUAAAGAAGAAGGCAACAUGUUAACUUGCGAGAAAUGUUCUGAAAGUUUUACUGUGUUAAAAGAUUACCUGGGACAUUGCAGUGAUGUGCAUAAAAUGGAGGGGAAAAAUGUGAAGCCUUAUCACUGUGAAGUAUGCAAAAGUCGAUUUACACAAAUGAAAAAUUACAAAAAGCACAUGAAAUAUCACAGGAACAACAAUGAGGAGCAAAAAAAUAAUGGGGAAAGUUUAAAAUGUAAAUUUUGCGAGAAGAUGUUCUCGAAUUCAAGAAAUUUGAAGCGACACGUGAAUAAUAAGCAUGCCGAUAAGGCGAAUACGGUAAAAUUGCAGUUUUCUUGUGAAAACUGUCAGCAAAAUUUUACUUCAAAGUGGAAUUUAAAUCGCCAUGUUAGGAGGUGUAUACCGAACGCUAUACGGAAGAAAAAAAUUGUUAAAUGCGUUUUGUGCAAUUAUUUUCAAGAUACGCGUGAUAACGUUGUGAAUCAUUACAGUAAUUAUCAUCAGAUUGAAAUUAUCACAAAAAAAAUAACAUUUGUAAAUUUUGAAGAAUUUGAGCGAUGGAAAGAAGAGGUGGAAAAAGAGACAGUGUCAAGGUUUGUCAAGGGUUCAUUUCAUAAAAACAAUGAGAAAGAUACUAAUUACUAUAGGUGCCAUAGGGAUGGCUUUUACAAAAACGCCGGAAAAAAUAUUCGUAGAUUAAAACAAUUGGGUAGUAACAAGAUAGAUGGUGUUUGUCCAGCUAGAAUACAGGCUACAUACAGUAAAAACAACGGCGAAGUUUUUGUAGAGUAUGUCGAAACUCACGUGGGACACACAAUGGAUUUAAAACGAAUACCAUUAAAAAAAUCUGAUAGAAAUUUUUUGGCUCAACAAAUAUCGCAAAAAAUCCCUUUUGACGAUCUCAUAAACAACGUACGUCAUAACAUCGGCGUAAACAAUUUCGACAGAAUCCAAUUAUUAACAAAAAAAGACCUCUUCAACAUAGAACAACUCUAUAAACUCAACAAAGACGACAGAUUGACCUCAAACGACCCCCAAAAACGUCACACCUGCCCACAGUGCGGAAAACAAUACAAAAUCGUCAAGAUGCUGCGCGCGCACGUUGCCAAGGUGCACCACAGCCAAUCAGAGGCAGAAGUUUCGCCCACCGCGGCUCACUGCGAUGCGCAAACGUUGCAAACGAACUACUACGCCCCACAGUGUACAGAAAUGUGCUUAGUUUGUGAUAAAAAGUUCCCCGACAAAAAUUACGCUAGAGAACACAUGAAAUAUGCCCACAAUGUCGCGUUCGAGAUAAAAUACGAAACUAUAGACGGUAUAGAUGUUAGUGUGGUGACCCAUGAGGAAUUAUAA